CGAGAACUAAGAGUUAUGCUAUCCUGCCAUCUUCCGUGUGCACAUGCAGGUUUUGACAUUUUUCCACCCUAGAACCGAAUCCAAUUGAUACUUACCCGCCAGCUACUUAGUUCAUCGAACUUGAUUUUUCGUGACAAGAUUUUUUGAAAGUUGCGCACGCUCGCGAUAUUAUUUUUUACAAGCCAAGGCCAACGCCAACACGACCGCGAUAGAAAUACAAACGACAUUAUCUAGAUGGAUCUACUUCAUCGUCUACUUCUUCGAAUUCAAUUUAUGAUAUAAACCUGGUUACCCAAAGAAAUAUUAAUUGGGACGGGUUAUAUUGCGUCUGUAACUUCUGUAUAUUAGAGUAUCAUACGAAAGUCUCAUAUUUCUAUUUCCAGAAACGGUUUCGUAUUCAAGCCAUGUCGGCCCAUCAAGUUCAAGAGCGAUCAGCAUCUGCCGCGAGCGCCGCCGAGGUGAGCGUGGGCUAGGUCGAUAAUCUUGAGGAGGACAUUUCUCGUUGAGGAUUUUGUGAAUAUUUUCUGUCGUGCUGAUAAACUCGAACUAAAUCCAAGUGAAGGGGCGGAGACCACCGGUAGCGCGGAUGGCAACACGGCCAUCGCGCCGGCGUACAAGUACGUUGCGAUUCUCGAUUUCGAGUACAAUUGUAUUCCUCGCGGAGACCACAACCCGGAGUGGAGUGAUCCAAAGUGGCAGAUUGAAAACUUCGCUACUGAGAUCAUCGAGUUUCCUACCGUUGUUGUGGAACUCGUUGAAGGUAGUGUGUCGAGCAAGAAGGGACGUUAUUCGCUAAGGCCUGUUAACGAGUUUCAUCACUAUCUACGUGAAGCCGCAAUUAUUUCCCAACGUGACGGAGUUUUAUACCUGGCUAACAGGCAUAAGUAACACAAGACCAAGAGCAGGUGGGGGCCGCUGACCCGUUCCCGAUCGUCUUCAAGCGAUGGCUUCGAUUUGUGGCUCAGUAUCCGAAUGCUUUGCUUCUCUUGUGUGGUGACUUCGAUUUCGGUCAGGCAUUGCCGAAGCAGUUGGCGCACAGUGACCAGUAAGAACUUGGCUUCGCAGCGACAACAGGCGAAUUCUAUUGGCAAGGAGAAAGAUGUCGCCCACGACAUUGGUACUAAAAAUGACACAACAUUAAGUGAAAAAGCUGCUGCUACCAAGAAUUCCAAGGACAAGAAAGCCGCCAAAAAAGGGGCUGUCGAGGAGAAGGCGCACGGAGCCAACUGGUGGGCCACAAAAAGUCCAGUGAAAUCCUGGUGCAACGUGAAGCACGCCUUCGAAGCUACGCACAAUCAGAAAGGCUAUGGAAUGGUAGGUAUGCUGCAGGCUUUCGACAUUGAGUUGGACGGUCGGCAUCAUAAUGGCAUCGACGACUGCAGAAACAUAGCGAAAGUCUGCACAAAGAUGGUAGACCUGUAUGGGCCGCACUUGCUCUGCGCGGCAAGAGGGGGGGUAAAAUGAGAAGCCAGUCUGGAAGAAUUACUGUUACCUGAUACCGGUGUAAAAACGAGAAGCGAAACCCGGCGACGACUUCGGGAGCGACAUGGAAGAAAAAAAAUUAUGAGGGCUGAAGGCCGGAAGAAGACUGCUAACAGCAGGGUUCACAAAGGAAACGAUGCUUGCUGUUCCUGACCAUUGAAAAACUCUAUUAAAAGAAGCGGAAAACCAUGUAGUAUAAUUACUUGUCUGAGGGUGCCAUUGAUUAGCCUUAAAGGAUAUUUCUCUUGCGGAAAUUAGCGUUCCUGGAGCUCUUGAAAAAUUAAGAUGAUUUUUCACUCUCCACCCAGAACUUCAUCUUUAUGCUGAAUGUCCUUGGGAGGAUACCAGUUUACAUAUGAUAUGAUGGCACCUUUAUCAUUCAACAGCUUGUUUUUGUUUCGCGUGAAACAAAACAAUGUAAAUGUUGUUGUAGUAUAAGAAAGAAACACUCAUAGGAAAAGCUAUCAUAUGGAUUUCAUCACGCGAUCCAGAAGUCCUCAAUGAAUCGGAAACUCAGCUCUACCGCUGUGCAUCAGCAACUGCCGACCACGUACGAAAGAGAUGCAGUAGAACGUCAUUUCGUAACUCAUCCCC